GUAUAUAAAGGAACAUCCCGCCGUGACCCUUCGCCGGCAAAAGUAUCUUCAAAACCACCGAAACGGCGCAAUUUCGUACCGCUUUCCCACAUUUUCCGGCAGAACAUCGCCGGAUAUAUUAGGACACUGAUACACUUGUUUGAACAUGUAAAAGAAUCAAAAACUGAAAGCGAAGAGUAAAAAAAUAGAACAUUAUAAAAAUAUGGAUCGGAUAGUAGCAGCAAAGGAAUUAUCAUUUCGAAUAGGGUUUACCGGGCACAGUGGUCACCUCAAGAUCGAGCCGCUCCCUCCUGUUGAACGCGAUAAUCCUCUCAAUUUGAUUCCUGACUUCAUACUCCCGCCUGCAUUUCCAAAGGAAACACCUGAAACAAUAAAAGAAUAUAUUAGGGAGAAGUAUCUAUUGCCUCAGCUGGAUGCAGAUGAGUUUUCUCCCGAAAAAGCCGGAAGGCAGUGGGAGUUUGAUUGGUUUGAAAGAGCUAAAAUCCUUCCAGAUCCAUCUUUGCCACGAUCUGUUGUUGUUCCAACAUGGGAAGUGCCUUUUAGACGUCAGAGGGACAGAUUGGAUAAUGGAAGAUGGGAGCCAAACUCAGAGGAGAGAGAUGUAUCUGAACUUACAGUUGGAACUGAGGAUUCUGGGGCUUUGCCGCGUAUUGUUGGACCACCAAAGGAUUUCGUUAGAGGAAGCAUAAAUAAUCGUCCUUUUCGACCUGGUGGCUUGGAUGAUUCUCCUUCAUUGGGCAGAGUUGUUCCUGAUGGUGCUACCAACGGUGAAUGGGUAAGGGAGGUGCUUAAUGGUGGUCCUGCCCAAACCGCUCCUCCAAGCUUUAAGCAAGGGCCUGAUCUUGGUGAUCUUAAGACGCAUUCCUUCUCAUGGAAUAUAUAUGAGGAUCAGAGUGCUGUCACGAACACAGUGGAGGUGAAACUGAGUGAGUUAUCCGUGCAGUUUGAUGACUUGUUUAAGAAAGCUUGGCAAGAGGAUGUCACAGAGUUUGUUGGAGAUGGUCAUGCGUCUGAAUUGCAAUCUGAAGCAGAAGAAUUGACAUCUGUCACGCCAGAGCCACUUCAGGUUGAAGCUGAAGUAAAGAAGUCCGAAGUGGCUGAUGAGGCUUUAGACACUGAGAUAUCUGUCUUGGAUGAGAUUUUGUCUGUUGAAGCACAAGGAUCAUCAUCAAGAUUGGAUGAGGAUAAAGAUGGUGCACGUCAAGAGAAUGAGGGAUGGGCUGUUACUGGUGGCAGUAAAAUCAUUGUAGAACGAUUUCAUGAGCUAAUUCCAGAUAUGGCUCUGACUUUCCCAUUUGAACUCGACCCCUUUCAAAAGGAGGCCAUCUAUCAUCUUGAAAAGGGGAACUCUGUCUUUGUUGCUGCUCACACAUCUGCUGGGAAGACUGUUGUCGCAGAAUAUGCAUUUGCUUUGGCAGCUAAACACUGUACCAGGGCUGUAUAUACAGCUCCAAUCAAAACAAUUAGCAAUCAAAAAUACAGGGAUUUUUGUGGGAAAUUUGAUGUUGGCCUUCUCACGGGUGAUAUAAGUUUGAGACCUGAGGCAUCUUGUCUUAUAAUGACGACUGAGAUAUUAAGGUCAAUGCUUUACAGAGGGGCUGAUAUGAUUCGUGAUAUAGAAUGGGUUAUAUUUGAUGAAGUGCAUUAUGUCAAUGAUGUUGAAAGAGGUGUUGUUUGGGAAGAAGUUAUCAUUAUGCUCCCAAGACAUAUCAACUUUGUCCUCCUUUCAGCUACGGUAGGUCCUGAUAUUUUAAUCACUUUAUUUUGUGCUUUAGGUUCAGUACUCUUAAUGAAGGUGUGAGAACUGAGGACACAAUAGAAAGAUGUGUGAGAAUGCAUGAGGCAGAUAUAUAAUGCCUACAUUUGUUCUAUACACACUUUACUAUGUAUAACUUCACAUUUGAUCAACGUGGGA